GGAGCAGCGAGGGCUCAGACGGCCGUGGAGGGGAUUGGCCGAGGGGCCGGCAAGGUCCUGCCUCCCGCAUAGUGUUCGGGACACAUGUGGGAUGCUGGUCCUUUCCACAAGCGGAGCCGCGGACGCACAGACACGUUCAUCGCUGCUGAGAGUCACACAUACCACCAAAGAUAGCGAACGACCAGUCACCGAGAUUAUAAAAACAAUCUGUCACAAAGGCAACCUAAACAUCACCACGUGUGAAAUCCUGACGUAUCCAGGCAGCAAUUCCCAGUGACUCUUCAGCUGUGUUGUGUGGACUGCUAUAAACAUCUGGUUUCUGCAUACUUGGAAAAAGAUCAUUAAAAUGUCUAACAACCAAAUCAGUCUUCCUGCUAAACUCAUCAAUGGUGGAAUUGCUGGAUUGAUUGGAGUUACGUGUGUUUUCCCAAUUGACCUGGCUAAAACCAGACUGCAGAACCAAAGGAAUGGGCAGCGUACCUACACAAGCAUGAUGGACUGUCUCAUUAAGACCGUGCGAUCUGAAGGAUAUUUUGGAAUGUAUAGAGACGGUCGCCAUGGAUAUUGAGGCCUAGCCGAUCUGGCAAAGCCACGAUGGAGCAAACCAUUAAAUGGUUUACAGUAACAUUUACUCUUGUGCGGCUGUGAACCUUACAUUGGUAACACCAGAGAAAGCUAUUAAACUAGCUGCAAAUGAUUUCUUUCGUUCGUAUCUGUCAAGAAAUGGCAAGGGCUUAACUAUAUCUGGAGAGAUGCUGGCUGGUUGUGGGGCUGGACUCUGUCAGGUCAUUAUCACUACUCCUAUGGAGAUGCUGAAAAUCCAACUUCAAGAUGCUGGCAGAUUAGCGGCUCAGCAGAGAUUGAUACUACCGACCAGUUUAUCCAAUAAAGUUGUAGCUACUAAUCCAGUUUUGAGUCGGGCUUACGUUAGCCUUGCUGCUGUUACCAGACCGAUGUCUGCGACCCAGAUUGCCAAGGAUUUGUUUUACUCCCAAGGGUUUAGAGGACUGUACAAAGGAUUAGGAGCCACUAUACUGAGGGACGUUCCAUUUUCUGUCAUCUAUUUUCCAUUGUUUGCCAAUCUGAACAAACUUGGACAAAAUUCAGUGGACGGGCGAGCUUCUAUUGUCCAUUCAUUUUUAUCUGGGUGCAUUGCUGGUUCCAUUGCAGCUGUGGCUGUCAAUCCAUGUGAUGUCAUCAAAACACGAUUCCAGUCACUACAUAGAGGAGCAAAUGAAGAAGCGUACAGUGGAAUUGUGGACUGUGCUAGGAAAAUCUGGAGAAACGAAGGUCCUUCUGCAUUCCUGAAGGGAUCCUGCUGCCGGGCAUUAGUCAUCGCACCACUUUUUGGCAUUGCCCAAGUGAUUUACUUUGUAGGAAUUGGAGAAUUUGUCUUGGGUUUUUCACAUUUUGAAGUGUAUUGAUCUGCUGGCAUCCAUUCCUGGAGGACUGCAUUGUACAAUGAAAAAUACCAAGCAAGGAACCAAGACACUAUUGCAGUUAUUGGAGGGUUCAUUCAUUAUUUUGCCUUUGUUCAGGUUCAUAAAGUGGUUGUGUAUGUGUUCGGAGGAGGAGGAAUAUUGCUCAUCAACUGUUUUUGAGCUAAUGUCGGAUGAUUGAUGUGGAAAUAAUGUCUUGAAACGUUAAGAAAGCAAGGUUAAACUAACGGGGCCAAGUUUUGUUCCCUCUAUAGCUUGAUAUUCACUUUUCUAUUUGUAAAAAAAAUGGAAUUAAUGUUUGUACAAUUGACAGUAUUUAAAACCUUUUUAUACGUUUAUAUAUUGGUCACUUUCUACGCCCUUAAUAUUGAGACUUGAGCUCCUUAAAAUUUCUCCUAAUAAUUUCACCCAAGUGCAAAAAUAAAAUACCAAGCUUGUAUUUGAAAAGUAUUAUAUGAGGAACAGACCCAGUUGUGACUUUGGCCACCUCGGUCAAAUCAUUACUCGCAUUUUUCUGUCCUGAGAACCACUUCCGGUGGCUUCCCACCAUUUCUCACCUGAGCUGUGGAAUGGAUUGUUGAUAUCAAACCUGAACUAUGAUUGCUUCCCUGGCCACAUAAAUGUGGCCAUAGAAGGGAUACAUUCAGUAAACAUUUCUUGCAUUGUCGAGAAUUAAAAAAAAAUAAUUAAUAAAAUCCAUGAUUCCGUUACCCUUUUGCAAGCUGCUCAUUGUUCCAGAUCCAUGUUGAUCAUGAGGCAUGCUUACUGUAAUUGGUGCAAUUACCAUUUGCCACUUUUGAUGUGUUCACAUACUGUGAUGGUGCUUUAAAAUACGUCCGUCAGGGCUAAGAUUCAUUUCUUGCCGAACAUCUUUUUCUCAUUGGCACUACGGUAGCAAAAAAGGCACCUUUGGUUACAUAACAUUAAAUAAGUAAUCACAGAAUGUUUAAGAUCACAUUCUAGGAGACCGUUUGAAACAAUGUUCAGAAACUGGCAUUCACUCCACUGAGGAAGCGAUGGUGUCACUCUUCGACACAUUAGUUUGCAACUCGCCCUUUACUGUGGUGUUUUUAACUGAAAUUGUGAAUGUCAUGAAAGAAAUAAUGCCUCUGGUCAAUUUUUUUAAUUGACACAAUGGUGCCUUUUAUGCCAUUGAGCUGGUUUACAACACAUACUAGGUCAGAGCACCAUUCUCAAAGAUUUUCAUGUCUACGUGAAAGUAAAGCUGUUUACAAACAAUUUUACAAUUGUAACAAUACUGUGACAAUAAACCCAAAGUUUUGUAA